AUGUUGAUAUUUAUCUUGCCUGUUGUAGCGGCUGCAGUCGCCAUUGCCUACGGUGUGAUCUGGGUUCUCGUCGACUACGUACGCAUCCUCCGGCUUAGACGGCGUAUGGCACCUGGCCUAUUCCCGCUACCCUUGUUUGGAAACAUCUUUCAAAUCCCCAACAGCAGACAGUGGAAGAAAUUCGAAGAGUGGUCAUUCAAGUACCAGAGUCCCAUCAUCACUAUCUGGGAUGGACAUACCCCUGUUAUCAUUUGCAACGAUGCUUGGUCAAUGUCGAAUCUGUGCGAUAAGAUGGCAAACAUUUACUCAUCACGAGCAAACGAGUCUAAGCUUCUCAUCAACGAAUGUCUCAAUGAUCCCGGAAGAUUCGUCCAGGGUGCCCUGCGGUUCACCGUGUCCAUCGUAUCCGUCAUCGCCUGGGGCCGCCGGAUUAGCAGUGAAUCCGACAAUGUCCUCAAACUGAGGAAGCUUGCCGAUACUUCCAACAAAUAUUUUUACGCCUUGUCCGUCGAGGGCGCUGAGGCUGCACAGGAUAACUUUGCAAAGAGGCUGCUGAGAGAGAAAGAAGAACAUGGUCUCACCAAGGUCGAGAUUUCAAAUCUGACUGGCAACUUCAUUGGCGCUGGAGUUGAUACCACGAUGAGUAUAAUGUUGACGUUUGUCCUGGCCAUGUGCCUCAACCCGUAUGUUCAACAUAAGGCACAGGAGGAGAUAGAUGGCGUGAUUGGCCACGACCGCUAUCCAGAUUGGUCCGACGAGGGGAAUCUCCCCUAUCUGGCGGCCAUCAUCAACGAAACACUUCGGUGGCGGCCUGCUUUCGCCCUCGGCGGUCCUCCCCACGCCCCGACUGAGGAUCAUGUCCACAACGGAUUCCUCAUUCCAAAGGGAACAGCUGUCAUCGGCAAUCUCUAUGCCAUCUCACGCAACCCGCGCGAGUAUCCCUAG